CCGGAAGUCGUGUAAGUGGUGUCGUCUACCUUGACACUACAUGGAUUCGCAGGAUUUUCAGCCAACUGUCUACUGCCGAGUAUUGGAGGGGGGUCGGCUGAAUCGGUUGACUUUUUAAAUCCCGGGGAGUCUCCGUACAGUGAAGAGACAUGUCUCCAUCAGUCCAGCUGCAGGAGAUGAUCCGGGCCAUCAGGUCAGCCAGGACACAGUGUGAGGAGCGGGGCGUCAUCCAGAGGGAGUGUGCAGCCAUCCGGGCCCAGUUCAGACAAUCGGACAACGGUGGACGAUCUCACAACCUGGCCAAGCUUCUCUAUGUGCACAUGCUGGGCUACCCUGCUCACUUUGGUCAGAUGGAGUGUGUUCGGAUGAUAGCCAGCCCUCGCUACAGUGAGAAGCGUGUGGGGUAUCUGGGAGCCAUGAUGCUGCUGGAUGAGAAGCAGGACGCUAGUUUGCUCAUCACCAACUCCAUCAAGAAGUGAGGACUGUCAUUUUGACUUUAAAUCUGCAAACGAAAAUAGUUAUAGGUCCUAUACCAAUAUAUAUAUUUUUUUCAAUUAUUUGUCAGUUAAAAGGAACUUCAUCAAUUUAACACAUGAACGUCUGUUUAUGGGUCUCUGAGGUGCAGAUUCAUAACUGAAAAUAAAAUUGUAUAAAUCUCU